UCUCUUUUCUUCUCUCCUGUCUCCUUCUCCAACCUAACCCCUGCCUGCCUGCAUCAACCAUAUAUGUUGUCCUUCACCAAUAAAACACAUUGCCCUACUCCUCACGCUCUUUCGAUCUUCCUCCUCUCCUCUCUAUUUCUCUCAUCAACAAUUACCGCAUCACAAGGAGCAAAAGCAGUUUCAGUUUCGGCUCCAUUGCUUAUUAAUUUACCUCUACAGAAGAAUUCAGUGGGCACAGAGAUGGCCACCGUGGAGGUGGAGGGCAUCCCAUUUCCUCAGGAGAUCACCGUCAGUAAGCCGUUAUCACUGCUAGCCCAUGGCAUUACAGACAUUGAGAUUCAUUUCCUUCAGAUCAAAUACAACGCCAUCGGGGUGUAUCUUGAAAAGGACAAUGUACUAGGGCAUUUGGAGAGUUGGAAGGGCAAGAAGGCAGAGGAGCUUGUGCAGGAUGAUGGCUUCUUUCAGGCCCUAGUUUCUGCUCCUGUGGAGAAACUAUUCAGGAUCGUGGUGAUCAAGGAGAUCAAAGGAUCACAGUACGGCGUGCAGCUGGAGAGCUCAGUGCGCGACCGUCUCGUGUCAGUGGACAAGUACGAGGAUGAGGAGGAAGAGUCUCUGGAGAAGGUGACUGAAUUCUUUCAGUCCAAGUAUUUCAAGCCCAACUCCGUCCUCACCUUCCACUUUCCUAACACCCCUGGAAUUGCAGAGAUAUCAUUUGUGACAGAAGGCAAGGGCGAGGCGAAGCUGACAGUGGAGAACAAGAAUGUGGCCGAGAUGAUUCAGAAGUGGUACCUGGGUGGAGAAUCUGCAGUUUCUCCGACGACUGUGAAGAGCCUGGCAGAUCAAUUCGCAGCACUGCUCUCUGCAUGAGGCAUGGAGUAAUAAACUACUGUAGUAAUGUUGCCUGUUUCCCAUUCAUUUUUAACUCGAUCAUGCUUUGAUUUGUCCAGCUGCUCUCAUGUGCAUGCUACAAUUGAUAAUGGUAUUGGUUUCCCUACUACUUCAAAUGCAUGAUUUACUUGCUCCAAAGCAGAGGAAACAUACUCAAAUGUAUAUGUUUCAACUUUACCUGUGUAUCUGGUGCAAGCAACCUAAGACAGUGAUAGAAGUGAAGGUAGGAAUCUGUCCCUGUACUGCUCAUGUGUUGGAAUUAAGUCCACCAGUGGUUCCAACUUCCAACUUGUGUAUUGGGCUUGCAAAAUGAAGCUGGAAAAAGACACCAGAA